AUGAGUUUAUAUUUUACAACUUUAUUUUUACUGCUCACUGUUGAGAUGGUGAUGCUCUUCAUCUUCGUAUUGCCUUUACCAUUCCGGAUCCGCAGAGGUAUUUUUAGCACUUACAACCAAUUGACAGCGAAGCAGCAAAUAAAAACCAUAAUUUUCAUAACGGGCUGUCUUGUUGGAUUAUUGUUUAUCGAUUCCUGGAAGAGGUCUCAAAUUCGUGUCUCAUUGUAUCAUCACGAUAACAGUGGCACAAUGGGGUCAACUGCUGUCACCCCAAUACAGGCCUUAGCAUCAAGAGCUUACAACCAAAGAAACAUGUAUAUUUCCGGGUUCAUAUUGUAUUUUUCUAUCUGUAUCCCAACUGUCAUGUCUAUUGUCAAGAGGCUAGUGAAAUACCAAGGCUUGAUCAACGAACAAAAAAAACAAAAGUCAAGUAAACCCUCCCAAAAUGUCAAGAAGGCUUCAGAGAAAGGCACUGAUUCCGUUAAGCUUGAAGAAGAAUUGAAGAAGAAGCAAAUUUCUCUGGAGGGCCUACAAAAGCAAGUCAAAAACUUGGAAAAGUACUUUGAUGAGAAAAAUCAACCUGGAAACGUGGCUGCUGCUGAAGCUGCAAAGAAAGGAAAUUAA